AUGGGUAAAACAAGAGGUAGAAGAUUGCAGAAGAAACAAAAGGAAACAGAAUUUCAACCAGCUACUGGUAAAGAUCAAGAAUCUUACUCGGAUGGAAAUAGUGCUACUGCUGAUAACAACGAUGACUACAGCAACAAUCAAUACAAUGAAGAUGAACCAUCCAACUCUAAUAGAAAUGGUCCAAACACUUUUUUUGGGGUAUUAGAUACACAAGAAUUGGAAUAUUUCAAACAAGCUGAAUCUACAAUUGCGAUUGAUACCUUUGAGAAUGAGGAAGAAAAGAAUAUAUUUAUAAAUAGUGUUAUUGAAGAAUCAAGGGGCAAAGAAUUAAAAUUAGCCACCUCUCAAAUUUGCUCCAAGUUGAUGGAAAGAUUAAUCUUGGAAAGUGAUGGUAUCCAAUUAAAAAAAAUAUUCAAAUCAUUCGAUGGGUUCUUCUAUAACAUCAGUUGUCAAAAAUAUUCAUCUCAUGUCUUAGAAACUUUACUAGUUCGAAGUACAGCAUUAGUGGAGAAAGAGUUAUUGACACCUUCUUUUGAAAUUGAACAGGAUACUGGUGCAGACCAAGCUGUUUUUGCACCUAUGGAAAGUAUGUUCUUAUUUAUGUUAAAUGAAUUGAAACCAAAAAUGAAAGAAAUGAUUUCACAUCAAUACGCUUCUCAUGUUUUCAGAUUAAUUGUCCUAAUCUUGUCCUCCAAAAAGCUACCAUCUUCAACAAUGGCCAAUUCUACAUUGCGUUCCAAAAAAUCAAAAAUAGCUCGUAAAAUGAUUGAUCUAAAGGACAAUGAUGAUUUUAACAAGACUUAUCAAACACCAGAUUCAUUUAAAUUGGAAUUGAAGGAAAUAUUUCAAAAAUUAUAUUUUGAUUUUACUAGUAAAGACAAUUCAGUCACCAGUACUAAUAUAACUAAAUUUAGGGAAUUGUGUGUCGAUAAAAUUGCCUCUCCAGUCAUUCAAUUAAUUAUUCAAACCGAGGGUAUCUUUGAUAGAGACCGUAAGUUUUGGUUUUUAAUUUUUUCUAAAUCUCCAGAAAAAGAUCCCAAAGAAGAAUCUUUUACGGAAUAUUUAUUGUCCGAUGCUGUAGGUAGUCAUUUCUUACAAAACUGUAUCAGUUUUACCAAGCCAAAAUAUGCAACUAGAUUAUACAAUUUGUACAUGAAGGAUAGAGUUGUAAAACUAAGCAAAAGAGAUACCACUGGUGCCUAUGUAAUACAAAGUUGUUUGCAAAACCUAGGUGAUUCACAAGUUAAAGAAAUUUUAGGCCAAAUUGUACCUGAGUUGAGUAUAAUUUUAAAUUCUAAUAUAGAUUUUGGUAUCGAGGUUAUAAACGCCUCAGUUAAGGAGGGUGAUUUCAUGAAACCUGAAAUUGUUUCCCAAUUGAUAAAAAAAUAUUAUCCAUCUAAUAACAACAAAGAUGAAGAUAACGGCAACAACAUUUUGGAAAGCUGCUUGCUUUUGAAUUCAAGUACUUUGGGUAACACAAAGGAUGAUUGGCCUACUGCUGAAGAAAGAAGAAGAUCUAUUUUUUUGGAAAAAUUGAUUGAUUAUGACGAUACUUUUUUAAAUAUUACAAUAGAAAGCAUGUUGAAACUACCAAAGGAACGUUUUUUACAAAUGUGUUAUCAUGGAGUUUUUUCUCAUGUGGUUGAAUCAAUAUUACAAGUGAAAAGAGUGGACACUCUAAAGAGGAAAUUACUUUUAAAUAUAUUGUGUACCGAUAUCGUUGGGUUAUCAUGUAAUGCAUAUGGGUCUCAUAUUGUUGAUAAAUUAUGGGAGUUUACGUCAAAGCUUACAUUAUACAAAGAACGGAUUGCUAAAAGUUUAGACGAAGAAUCUCCAAAGAUUAAGAACAGUGGGUAUGGUAAAAAAGUUUGGAAAAACUGGAACAUGGAAACAUAUGUUCGUAAAAACUGGGAUUGGAAGAGAAUUAUUAGGGAACAUGACUUGGAAGUAUUUCCUGAUUCCAAGCCAUUACAACCUAAACGUAAAUUUAGCAAGGAUGUGAAUGGGGAUUCCAAGCGUACUGAUAACAAGAGAAGAAGAAAAUGA